AUGGCAUCCUCCCACUCUCCCACUACAAGUACUACAAAUACCCCCCCGGGUCUUCCUCUUUCGACCAUCAACAGCCCGCCACUCGCCUCUCCCAAAGCUAUUCCACCACGAACCUCAUCCACCGGUGUCGUGCCCCCCGUCCAGCCGCCUCCUAGAUCCACCCUCCGCCCACUCUCAGAAAGCGACUGCCGCUCUCCCGAUUCUCCACCGAACAACGCCGCCAACACCAACACUCCAACUACGUCCUUCACUGUCACCAUGCAUCCACCUCCGCCCCCCGACCCCAACCGCUACGCGAUCGAGAACAUCAAUAUCACAAGCAAGAGGCCCUGGCCCGAAGAGAAGGAGAAGGUCCUGAAUGGUCCAUAUGACUACCUCUUGGCACAGCCGGGCAAGGAUUUCCGCUCUCAGCUGAUCGGCGCCUUCAACGCUCUGCUGGAUGUGCCGGAGGAAAGCCUGGCCAUCAUCAACAAGGUCGUCGCCAUGCUGCACACCGCUAGCCUGCUCAUCGACGACGUCGAGGACUCGAGCUCCUUGCGCCGUAGCCUACCCGUCGCCCAUAACAUCUUCGGCGUGCCCCAGACCAUCAACUCGGCCAACUACGUCUACUUCUGCGCCCUGCGCGAGCUCCAGAAGCUGAACAACCCCACCGCCAUCGACAUCUUUACCGAAGAACUCGUCAGCCUGCACCGCGGUCAAGGCAUGGACCUCUACUGGCGGGAUACCCUGACUUGUCCCACCGAGGACGACUAUCUCGAGAUGGUCGGGAACAAGACGGGAGGCCUGUUUCGCCUCGGCAUCAAGUUGAUGCAGGCCGAAUCGAGCAGCCCGGUGGACUGCAUCCCCCUGGUCAACGUCUUCGGCCUGGUCUUCCAGAUCCGCGACGACUACCUGAACCUCAGCAGCAGCGAGUACUCCCACAACAAGGGGUUGUGUGAGGACCUGACCGAGGGCAAGUUCAGUUUCCCCGUCAUCCACGCCAUCCGCUCCGACCCGGGCAACCUGCAGCUCAUCAACAUCUUAGGCCAGAAGACCUCCGACGUUGAGGUCAAGCGCUACGCCGUCUCUUACAUGGAGCGUACUGGCUCUUUCGAUUACACCCGCCAGGUUAUUUCCGUCCUCGUCACCCGUGCCCGCAAGCUUGUCAACGAGAUCGAUGCCGGCCAGGGGGCCACCGCCGGCUUGCACGCCAUUCUCGAGAAGAUGACCGUCUAA